AUGGCGAGAACAAUCUCAAUAAAUAAUUUGAUCUAUUUCCUUUUCUUUUCUAUCCUCCAUCUAACUAAAGCUUCCAAACCAUCUAUCAAAACGGUCACCGUCAAUCCAUGCACCCUCACUCCGAGCAUUCCUACAUAUCUCUCUCCUUCAUUACCUUGCCCAACCAUCACCAUCACCACUUCUCAUACCUCCUGUCCCCCAACAACUCCAACAUCAUGCUCUCAAAAUUUCUGCAUCUCAGAUGCCUAUAUAACAAUUCCCUGCACUUGUCCCUCCUCCGUACCAACCACCACUCUCUAUACCCCAUGUCCAUCUGCCUGUUCGCAAACUUGUCAUAUUGGUCAGCAGAUUUAUCGUGAGACAGCGUGUUCUAGUACCGUCGAUACAUAUACUACUCCCAAUCCAAACAUCACUACUCGAAUCCUUCCUACUACGACACCAAAUCUUGUUACUUGCUCUUGUCCUUAUUAUCCCCCCUACCCUACAAAUUGUGUCUUCCCCUGUCCGGUUCAUACCCCCAGCACUACUAUCACUAGCGAUCCUUCUGCUCCCACAACUACGAAUCUCCCAUCGACAACACCCCCCAAUCUUGUUACAUGUUCUUGUCCCUACUAUCCCCCUUAUCCUACAAAUUGUAUUUCUCCCUGUCCGGUUCAUACCCCUACAACCGUCAUCACCGUCCCGACCGCCACAACUAUCACCUCGGCCCUAACCCCGAGUUGUCAAAGUAUCACAGUCACAAAAGGAGAUUCAUGUGCGUCGGUUAUUGGGGGGCCGUGUUCGAGUCCUGAUUGUAUAUACCUCUCUACCGUGACGAUAAAUUGUGGGUGUGGGGGGACGAUAGGGACGGUGACUAAUUGCAAAACAACAUGUGACAAUGGAGCCUGUGGGACUGAGUGGCAGACGAUUGCAUUGCCAUGUCCGACGAUUCCGACGAUUUUCUGA